UCUGCUCGGCGCCGCGGGGCCCGAUGGGAGAGCGAGUCCGCUACCCUUCCCCCUCCCCGCUCGCCCCCCCUUCCCGGCCGCGCGGCCUGCGCCCAUCGCCCAUCGCUCCGCUCACCUGGGCCGCGGCGGCGAUGGAGGCGGCGGGAGGCGGCGGCGGCUGCGGCUGCAAGGGGAUCCGCUCCUGCCUGCUCUGCGAGGGGCGCAGGCAGCCCGCUCCGCCCCCGCAGGGAGCAGACAAUUUCACUUACUGUCCGGCAACAGGCCUAGCUAAAGGAAAUGAGCACUCGGCAUUCGCUGGCUGGGCAUUUCCAUUUCCAGGGGUGUUUCUAGUGGAGGAAUUCAUUGGCGAAGAUGAGGAAUCAGAGAUAGUUGAACUGAUGGAUCGAGACGACUGGAAACCAUCACAGUCUGGCCGAAAGAAACAGGACUACGGCCCCAAAGUGAACUUCAAAAAACAAAGGCUGAAAGCUGGCAGCUUUACUGGUUUGCCAAGUUUUAGCAAGAAGAUUGUGGCCCAGAUGAAGGGCUGCUCUGUGCUGGGCGGGUUCCUACCUGUUGAGCAGUGUAAUCUGGACUACCUGCCAGAAAGAGGUUCUGCCAUUGACCCGCACUUCGAUGAUUGGUGGCUUUGGGGAGAGCGCCUGGUUAGCUUAAACUUGCUCUCAAAAACAGUUCUAUCUAUGUCCUGUGACUCUGAGGACAGUAUCCAAUUAUUUCCCACUUUUGUUAAAGAAAACAGGGAAUUAAGUCCCCAUGGAUCUCUUGCAGAGACGUCAGAGAGAAUGAACUGCACUUUCUCCCCCCGGCUGGUCCCAAGCCGAGAGGUGGCUGUCGCCAUUCACCUACCCCGACGGUCCCUGGUGGUGCUGUACGGGGAUGCACGGUACAAGUGGAAACACGCGAUUUACCGCAAGCACAUAGAGCAUCGCCGUGUCUGUGUGACGUUCCGGGAGCUGUCGGCAGAGUUCAGUGCCGGAGGGAGGCAUGAGGAGCUGGGUAAAGAACUGCUGGAAAUAGCUCUUUCAUUUCAGGGAAGGCCGGUAUGAGCAGCAAGAGGAAGCAAGGGUUGCAUUUGGUUAGGAAACUUGAAAAAUAAAGUACAGAAUUGGUAGAACUGGGUUUAUUUCUGCAGUGUGCGUAAGGAACCGGGUGUGUUUGAGAUCAGCUCCAUCAAAUGGGACUGUAAGAAACAAAUGAGAGUGCAGAGGAGGGCACUCCCAGGGAUCUCCUGGGCAAUGGGAGUGGAAAGGAGCUUCCUUAGCUAUCUUGAAACAAAUGCCUGGGUCUGAAAUAUUUAAAUUGCACACAGAAAGAAACUUGGAAUCAUCAAACUGAGUAUCCAACUGCCCUUAUUGCAGGUCCAGCCCAAGCCCUGCAGCAGAUUUCAGCCUUUCCUGGCCCAUGCCUGAUGCUGUGGAGCUGCUCUUAGUGCUGCACUUGUGCCCCCCCUCUCGCCCUUCGGAGAUCAGCUCUCCGAGGAGCAGGGCAGGCCUCUCCACAGACAGUGUAGCACACUGAGAGCUAAUUACGGUAAUGAGCCUUGGCUGAAGAGUCACACACUACCAGUGAGAAUUAACCAUAAAUACUGUGUGUGACCUGUAUCUUCUGGGAGCAAAAGCAGCAUUUGCAGAGGGCCAACGCUGAUUCUUAGGUAGAGAUAGCUUGGGCAAAGCUCAGACCAAGGACUUGCAUAGGCUGUGGUGUUUUCCGAUCAUCUGUCC